UAUCACCCAACCAACCAAAUUAUCAGCCACCCGCCUUGUGAGAUUAAAAUAAUGUCGAAAUUUAAGCGUGCCAAGGUAAAAUGACUCGGAAAAGUUCCCCUUUACAUUAAAAAAUCAAACAUUGUCCAGAAUCAAAAUUGCAAACCAGAUAGUUGUACAUAAAACAAAUGGGAUUGCCAAUCAAGUCAAAUCAAAAAGCACCAAUUGUUGUACUUGUACUUGUUUUGGGUAAAAAUGGCGUGUGCUAGUAAUCCACGAUCCUUGUUCAACGUUUUCGUCUACGGUAGCCUUUUACAUGAUGACGUUGUUCGUGCUCUUCUCAAACGCCUCCCACAUUCUUCACCUGCAAUUCUCCACGACUUCCAUAGGUUUAGCAUCAAAGGGUGUGUUUAUCCUGCCAUUCUACCUGUUCAAAACAAGAAAGUUAAAGGCAAGGUUCUUUCAGGCAUCACUAUUCCGGAAUUGGAUAUCUUGGAUAAAUUUGAGGACGUUGAGUAUGAAAGGAGAACUGUGGUUGUUACCCUGACGGACAGUUCCAAUACAUUAAAGGUUGAAGCGUAUAUUUGGGCUGACCAGAAUGACCCGAAUUUGUACGGGGAAUGGGACUUUGAGGAAUGGGAACGAUUGCACAAGCAAAGCUUCUUGAAAAUGACAAGGGAGUUUCUGGAAGAACUGGAGCAUCCUGACCAAAGUGGCAGCAUAUAAUCCUACUAUAGGCAGGCACGAUUUGAUGUUCUUCAUGACAUUGAGUGGCCACGCAUCACCCUUCCCCCCAAUCCAAAAAAGUAAAGAAUUAAGCUCAGCAACAUGGAUUUCAGUUUGGACUGCUUAAGGUACUGUGUCUAUUGCUUCUGUUGUUUUAUAACGAGUGAUUUACUUUGCCCUUUUUCCUUGUGGGGCAGGAAGUAAUAGCCAUUAUACUUGUGAAAACUUCAUAUAUGAGUGUGCUUAAAAAUUUGUAAAAAAUUGGUGUUAUCUAUGCCUGUACACAGUCUAUAAUAAACGUGUGACUCAUCACACUGAGCAUAUCUUUUCUUCUA